AUGCUUGGAAAUAUUCUUAAUCCCCUUGAAAUUUCAGCUUGCAUGCCUGAUUUUGAGUACCAUCCACAGUCUACCAUUCUGGGAUUUAUCAUUAACCAUUUAUUUUCUCUGUUGCCCAAGAAAAUUAAAAUGUAAUUUAAGUUUUAUUUUUUAGUUAUCUACUUAUCAAUAACACUACUAUCAUUGAAAUUGUGUAUUGCAGCAAAUAGCUGUAUUACCACAAGAUAUAAAAUUUGUUUAUGAUUUAUGGUAGAUAAAAUAAAUAAAUAAUAAAUGAUAGAUCAGAUCUUUUCUAUGCAUAGUUAUUAGGCUCCUCACUUUGGCAUAGGAUUAUAAUUCCAACUUUAUUCGCAACUGCUAGACUUCUCUUGAGAAGUAAAUCUAAGUAGGAUGAGUUCCUCAAUUAAAUCAAUCCUUUUUACUUUAAAGGUUUUUUCCUGAGCUUAUUCUUUUAACAAAAAGUUCCUUCAUAAGUAACUAUUUGUCAGGAUCAGAGUGGAUGGAAAUUAUAAAUGGCAAAAUUGCCAGUGAAAUAACUAGAAGUUAAUAUGGGUCGAGCAGAACUUAAGAUUAAUUGGGUAGUCUUAGACGUCCGGUUUUAAGACGAUGUGAAGAUUUUGAAGGUGAAAAAAAUAUAUGACUCUGAAGAAUUUAAAUUGAUUAUGACCUAGACUUCUAGCAUUAGUAAGCAUAGACUCCACAGCCAAAGUCAAAUUAUUGUAAAUCCUCCAUAUUCAUGGAUUGGCCUUACUAGGGAUCCUCUUUCAAUUUUUGUUAUUCUAACGAAUGUAUUUUUACUCAUUUUUCCUUUCCUUAUAUUAUUGGUUUCAUAUCAAUAUGCCAUUUAUAAAUAAUUAAAUUUUGAAAUAGGUAAAGGUCAAAACUCAAAUUUUAUGCUUGUUUGGUAGCUAUAUUAUCACUUCAAGUACAUCCUUGAUUAAAUUUAGAUUGCAUAUUUAAGAAUCAAAAAAAAUGAUUCAUUUGGACAAUCCGACUCAACCCCCAUUUAUCAGAUGA